ACUGGAUGGAGAAAGCAAGCCAACAAAUUGCUAUAAAGGUUGAAGACCUGAUCAGCCCAGGGGAACGUUCCUCAUCACCCAACCUCGAGAAAAAGACUGAAGAAUUAAAGCAAACAUUUGAGCAAGGAGAAAAAUACGCUAAUGCUGGUGAGAGUUUGGUUGUAGAUGAUCACUCAAUCAAAGGAGUUCCACUAGUCGUUGAUGAAUGCAGUGGCAGGGAUAAUGUACAAGAUCGAAUUCUGGAAUGGUUGAAGGGAGACGAGGUUAUAAGAAUUGCAGUUUCGGGAAUGGGUGGUGUGGGCAAGACAACAAUUAUGAAGCAAGUCCACAACCAACUGUUGAAAGAACCCAAAUUUAACAAAGUUAUUUGGGUAAAAGUGUCAAGAGACUUUGACAUUUUUGUCAAGCAAAAAAAGGAGUUUGAUGUUCGCAGGUUUCAAAAGAGGAUUGCAAGUAGCUUAGAACCAGCAUUGGAGCUAAAGGAUCCUGAGAAUGUAACCAAGAAUGCAGGAAUGAUUUCACAAAAGUUGAGGCAGGGCAGCUUUGUGCUAAUUUUGGAUGAUAUGUGGCAGCCUUUCUCUCUAGAAGAUGUUGGAAUUCCUAAUCUAGUUGGAAAUAAUGGUUGCAAGUUAGUACUCACGACACGGUUACAAGAUGUUGCUCGUGCAAUGGAGUGUAAGGUGAUACCUGUGAAUCCUCUUCCACCUGAAGAAGCAUUAGCAUUGUUCUUGAAGAAAGUUGGAAGUGAAGUGUUGUCAGAUGGCAGAAUUAAAGUAGAUAUAAAGCCAUUUUUGGAGCAAAUUUUGCAGAAAUGUGGUGGAGUACCUCUUGCUAUAGUGACAGUGGCAAAAUCAAUGAGAGGGAAAUUACUUCCUCGUAAUUGGAAGUCAGCACUUUCUGAAUUUAGUCAAUUUAAAAGCAUUGUUGAUUGCUUGAAAUUCAGUUAUGAAUGCCUAGAACCACAAUGCCAGGAGUGUUUCCUAUACUGUGCAUUGUAUCCUGAAGAUGCUGAAAUCAGAAAGGAGGAGUUAAUUGAGUAUUGGAUUGAGGAGGGGCUAAUAUAUAAAGAAGGGAAAACCAGGGAGGCAAUGAAUUUGAAGGGUCAUGAUAUACUUGAUAAGCUUGUUGACAACUGCUUGUUGGAGUUGGUUGGAUACGACGAAGAUUGUGUGAGUAUGCAUGAUCUUCUCCGAGAAAUGGCACUGGAAAUCAGUCAAUUUUUUGUGAAAGCUGGCAUUGCCUUGGAAAAGCUACCAGAAGAGGAUGAAUGGAGUGAAGAUCUUUUGAAGGUUUCUUUAAUGGAGAAUCACAUAACAGAAAUUCCUUCAAGCAUGCCGCCUCCAAAGUGUCCUAUGCUCACAACCUUGCUCCUAUCCAAUAACAGGAUUAUUACAAUUCCAGAAGCUUUUUUUGAGCAUAUGCUUGGGCUCAAGAUUCUUGAUCUUUCCAAUAAUCAUGAGCUAAUUAGGCUGCCGACUUCUGUUUCCAAAUUGGAGAAGCUUACUACAUUAUUGCUACACAAUUGUGAGUCCUUAAGAAAGGUACCAUCUUUAUCCAACCUUGUAGGCUUAAAAAAGUUGGACCUUUCCUGGACAUCAAUUGAAGAACUACCCCAAGGCCUCAACAUGUUAAUAAAUCUAAAAUAUCUUGGUCUUGGUGGAAGAUUGCCUGAAACACUUGAUGAAUUGCUGCAAAAUCUCUCCAAACUUCAGCAUUUAAUGGUAAAUACUGAAACAAAAUUUAAAUGGGAGAAGAUUGGAAGUUGGGGGAAGCUGCAAAACCUUGAGAAGCUGGUUCUUCAUAAUUUGGAUACCUUGGAUGCGGUGUUUGGGGAAGUAGGAGCAGUUGCUGAGUCAGCAUCGCUACCAGCUGGCACAUUUUCCUCUCUUCAAUAUAUUAGUGUUUUUGAUUGCAAUAAAAUAAAGAAGUUAUUCUCAGUUAGGUGGUUGGGGUAUCUCCAGAAACUACAGACUAUUGAGGUUAAAGCUUGUAAGCAACUGGAGGAGAUAAUAGGGUCUAAAUCUGAAGAAGGAGAACAAGUCACUCUACCCAAGUUAGAAAGCUUGACAUUGUCCUAUUUGCCCCAAUUGAAGAGCAUCUACAGCGGUUCUAGUACUGUUUUGAUUUGUGAUUCCAUCAAGAAGAUUAUGCUUUUGGGUUGCGACAAUAUAGAGAGUGUUUUUUGGUCAGGGUUCAACCCACUUCCAAAUCUUGAAUACCUACACCUUGACUAUUUAAAGAAUCUAAAAUGCGUGUUUGAUGAAGAAGAUAUUGGUUUAUCGCCACUUGUACCUCCCACAAGCUUUUUCUCUCUUAAAGAAAUUAGGGCUGUUAUGUGUCAUCACUUAAAGAAGGUAUUCUCAUCUGGAUGGCUGCUCCGCUACUUCCAAUCUCUAGAGACUAUUGAGGUUUAUAUGUGUUGGCAAACGGAGGAGCUGAUAUCGUCAUCGGCACAUGAAGAAGAAAAAGUCACUCUACCCAAGUUACAAGGCUUGCAUUUGACAAGUUUGCCCUUAUUGAAGACCAUCUAUAGCGGUUCUUUGAUUUGUGAUUCCAUCAAGAAGAUUGAAAUUUUUAGGUGUAAAAAUAUAGAGAGUGUUUUUUGGUCAGGGUUCAACCCACUUCCAAGUCUGGAAUGUCUAUACCUUACCGAUUUAAAUAAUCUGAAAUCGGUGUUUGAUGAAGAAGGUCUUGGUUUAUCGCCACUUGUACCUCCCACAAGCUUUUUCUCUCUUAAAGAAAUUGGGGUUGUUAAGUGUCAUCAAUUAAAGAAGGUAUUCUCAUCUGGAUGGUUGUUCUGCUACUUCCAAUCUCUACAGACUAUUAAGGUUCAAUGGUGUUCGCAAAUGGAGGAGCUGAUAUCGUCAUCGGCACAUGAAGAAGAAAAAGUCACUCUACCCCAGUUACAAAGCUUGGAAUUGACAAGAUUACCCUUAUUGAAGAGCAUCUGUAGCAGCUCUAGUGUGUUGAUUUGUGAUUCCAUCCAGAGUCUGUGGAUUUCCGACUGUGAGAAGCUAAAGAGGAUUCCUCUGAAUUUUCCCUUGCUUGAUAAUGCCCAAUCAUCUCAUCCUUCUUCCCUCAAAGAAAUUGUGGUAUGGCCAAAAGAAUGGUGGGAAUCAUUGGAAUGGGACCAUCCCAAUGCAAAAGACAUCCUUUUACCCUUCUGUGAAUUUGAGUAGUGAUAGGGCGCACCACAAAUCAAUUGGGAUUCGUCUCUGCAACCACAAGAAAGUUGGAGGAAAUCACAUAUGCACUAGUUGCUGUUGCUAUUGGGUUUUCAAUUUAAUAUAAUCUUUGUUUUUCUUUUGCUGUGUGUGUUGUGUGUUUAAAUAUGUCCAAUUCUAAGUGGAAAACUAGAAAUGCUUGUUUCUUUAUUAUCUAUGUAAUUUUGUCUUUGAAACUGUGUGUGAAAAAGACUUGAAACUGUAUUUGCUUUUCUUGUGUAAUAUGUAUUUCAGUUGAUUGCAUUUGCAUAUCUCUUCUCAAAUUUCAUUCAACAACAUUAUCGUCAUCAACAACAACCGAGACUUACUUUCAUCAACUAUAUUUGCAUGCUCUGUUACUUUAUCUACUCAGAAUCGCCAAGAAGGACUAGCACUUGGGUCAGAGUGCACUGCUCUUCUUUUCUUUUACCUUUUUUAAUUAAUUAUUUUGUUUUGUUUUCUGAUUGCAUGGUCCGAAUGUCUUAUUAGCUAAAGUAAAUUAUUGGAUAAACACUGUUAUUUCAAAAGAUAAUUACAUAAUGCCCAUCCUUGGAUCUGCAACUUGCGUCCUUUGGCAGCUCUGCAGCCUCUUUGCAGCCUUUCAUGUGCAUUUGCAUUUCAUGUGCAUUUCAUUUGCUGUUCAUUGCAGCCUCAUCUUCAUCAACAUUUGCAGCUUAGCUUGCUGCACAUUUUUGCUGUCAUUUGACAGCUUCAAUUUCACCAUAUUUGCAGCUAAAUUGCUGCACUUUGCUGCUACCGUCCUAUUGGUGCAGCUCUCCCUUCUUCAUUUGCUGCCAUUUUGUGCAGCCCGUCAUUUUUACUUGCUGCU